GUGAGGUGGCAGGCGGCGGGCGCGCAGGCGCAGUGCGGGCGGCGCGGACAGGCCGCGGGGAAGAUGUUGACGCUCGGCGAGAGCUCGGUGCUGCUCGGCCUCCUCUCCUACCUGUGCGGCGCCUCCGCCUACUUCGUCAGCAUCGACGCUCACGCCGAGGAGUGCUUCUUCGAGAAGGUCACGUCAGGCACCAAGAUGGGGCUGAUCUUCGAGGUGGCCGAGGGCGGCUUCCUGGACAUCGACGUGGAGAUUACUGGACCAGACGGAAAAAAUAUCUAUAAGGGGGACCGGGAGUCCAGUGGGAAGUACACCUUUGCUGCACACAUGGAUGGAACAUACAAGUUCUGUUUCAGUAACAGGAUGUCUACCAUGACGCCCAAAAUAGUCAUGUUCACUAUUGACAUUGGAGAGGCACCGAAAGGACACGACAUGGAGACAGAAGCUCACCAGAACAAGUUGGAAGAAAUGAUCAACGAACUUGCUGUGGCCAUGACGGCGGUAAAGCAUGAACAGGAGUACAUGGAAGUGCGUGAGCGGAUACACAGAGCGAUCAAUGACAACACAAACAGCAGAGUGGUCCUGUGGUCUUUCUUUGAAGCUCUGGUAUUAGUUGCUAUGACGCUUGGACAGAUCUACUAUCUGAAGAGAUUUUUUGAAGUCCGAAGGGUUGUCUAGCCACCACCAUUCAGCAUUGGAUAAGGAGUUUGAAAAGUAUCUGGUCACAACCGCUUUUAUUACUUUGUCACUUGACUGAAACCUUUUGCGCACUGUUCUGAUCUUCAUUUACUGCUGUUUAUUUAAACACCUUUUCAAAUAUGUUGGGAGUCCACGGGUUAAAGAAUUUUGCAGAGGCCACAAGUUGUGUUGUGGGAGACAUUUAAUGCUCCAAUCAGAUAUUUAAAAAUCACAAAAAAAAGAUCUAAGUACGCUUUAAUUUGCUUUGCUGUAAUUAAUUGGUAACAUUGAUGAUGGGCUUAAAAAGAAAAGGAAAGGCAUUAGCGUGUGAGUUACUGAUGAAGAUGUGACUAGUAUGUGUACACUUCAUGUACUUGGACCGUAAAAAUCUUUUCACUCGACAGUUUUCUACAAUUUAUUUCAGGUUACAGUUUAUCUUAUUGUUUAGACCACAUGGGUUUACUUUAAACAGCAAACUAGGGACAGCACUAUCCAGUAGCUUCAUAACGUUAUAGUUACUUUGUGGGGGGGGGGAGGGGGGGGGGUUAAGCUCCAAAUCAGUUCUUUGAAAAGAGAUCUGACUAAUGUGAAAGCCCCUAAUGUUUUGUAAAGCAUUUUGGUUACAGAGUGUAAGCAGUGCUGUAUGUAAGCUUCCUUUUGGAACAUCGGUGGUCCCUGUCAGCUGUUUUUGUAAAGUGGUGGUAUAUUUCUGAAGAUUGACAGUGGUUCAGUAUUGAGCCAUAGAUAUCGUGGCAACACUGUCCAGCCACUUCCACCAUGCCUCACCUACUUUUCUUCACUUUGUUCUGUUUUCACCACUGGAACCAAACUUGCUGCUGGGAAUGUGAUGUUAUGAAUUUGGAUAUUAGAAUCAUCCAAGUGCAUUUUAAUUUGCUUUGCUGUAAUUAAUUGGUAACAUUGAUGAUGGGCUUAAACUGUAAAUGAAAAGACAAACAUUAGGUAUGCGACUUACUGAUUAAGAUGUGAUUAGUAUGAAUAAGUUUAAUAUACGUGAUCUUUUGAAAAGUCUUUUUGACAAUUUUCUGCAAGUUGUAUCUGGUUGCAUUUCACCUUUGUGUUUUUGCGGACAUGGUUUGAACUUUGUAACGGAGGAACAGCACCAUGUAGGUCACUAUAUCAGGGGUUAUUUAUAUUAAAUAAAAUUCUAUCAGAUUUGGAAAGUCUUGCCGUUUAAAAUGAUCCAACAUGGGUUGUAGAGUGGCCCAGAUGCAGUUGAUUUGUUUGACUGAACUGAUGUCCUUUUAGUGGGCAGAUUGUCUAAUCUUCAGUUGUGACGUGGACUGUGUUUCCUUUGCUGUCAUGUUUCUACAUUCAGAAUGUUUUCUGAAGUUUUUGGCUGGAGUUUUCCUGAGCAUCCCCUUUUCCACACUUGGAUGGAAUUCCUCGGCAGUGAUCGGCUUUCCAGGGAGAUGGCGGCUGUUAUUUUUUUAAUGAAUAUGUUCCAUUUGAUAGUUAGCUAUAACUGUGGAGCAUUUAUUUAAAAAAAACUAUUCAUGGUUUGCAUUGUGGAAUAUUAAUAAUUUAAUUGCUGAUUCGACCUGUUUAUUUUCAGUCUUUGAGAAGAUUGCAAAUCUAUGACUGGGUAUGUUAUUGUAUAAACAAACCCUGUCUGUACAGAUUUAUUUUGUCCAAUAUCAGGGCACUUGGACAAGUACCUAACCUUGCAAGCUCUCUGGGUUGUCUGCCUGCAAACAUUUCUGAUGGAUAAAACUUGUGGGAUUGUGAAACUUUCAAAAGAACAGGUUUAUAAAACUUAAUUUUAAAAUUAAUGCUGCUGUCUGCUAAUUCUUUUCCAAUGUCCAUGUAGCAUCACAUCUUAACUGGAUCAGAUGUGACUGAUGUAAAUUAAAGUGAAUGUCUCCAAUGAAACAACCCCAUGCUAAAGUGUAAUUAAUACAGCAUUUGCUAGUCUACGUGGUUUGGGGAAGCUGUGGUCUCUCGGUGACUGUAUUCUGUCCAUUGUAAGUGUGAAGGCCUGCUUCUUCAAUCAGGCGUCAGUACCAAAAACAAAAUUCCAUUUGUAUAUUUGGCAAAUCUUGUGGCCAUGUUCUUUAAUAAUUUCCAUUGUGCUUUGUAACAUGUUGGUUUGUAUCAGCCAAAUGCUGUCAUUUUCAAAGGCAAAGCCCAGCCAGUUUUACACGUGAUAGGGCUGAUAUCCGGUGCUGUCCUUCAACCUCCUGCUGGAAGCCUACAGCUUUCUGCAUGGUCUAAGUCGGCCCAGCUUCACAUUAGUGUGUGCAGUGAAACUCCUUGUACAGUAUUAACAUCGUCGCAAAAGUGUCUCAUGUAUCAGUGGUGAGUAUCAUUAUCUUGGCAAACCAGCACAAUAGUCAGCAAGAAGAAUUGGCAAGUGUCUGUCACACUUUAAUUGUUUCAUAGACAGGCUCGAUUAUUUGAAGUUUGGAGGAGGGACAAAUGAGAUGGCAGAUACCGAAAUCCAAAAUAAUGUUAGAGAUAAUGAGGAGAUGCAACAGAAGUGAGGCUUUGGUCGUGAUAAAAAGGAUACGGUUCACUCCCAUCACUGAGAUCACUGCUGUAACUAACUGGACCAUGUGAUUGCAGUUAUUAACCAGAGCCCCGUCCAACUAUCCUUGUACAACCACCAAGAAACUUCCCCUGGUCUAAAGCUUUACAUCUGAUUGGUAUCGGCUUGUGGUCACCUCUUUUCUGAAUGAUUUUGUCCUAUUUGUAUUGAUUUCCACAAAGUAUACUCGCAAGAGAGAAAUUUGCACAGAGGAAAUUUGUAGUAAAGUCGGAAAAACGUAUUCUCUGGCCAAAACAUAUUGUGGACUGAGGCGUAUCCAAGCUACCUAUGGCAGCGUAUUUUGCCAGCCUGUCUCUUUUCAAUGGCUUUUAACAUCCAAUUGAGAUUCUGAACAAUUCUCUGCUUCGUUUCAACUCGUGUUUCUGAGCUAGCAGUUUCAGCGUUACAGGCAUCCAGCGGCCUUUACAACCAUGUUUGGAAAAGGAGAAUUUCCUUCCAAAUUGCCCAUGUAGUUUGAUUUGACCUCUGUGUGUGCUGGUACCUGGAGUCGGCAAUGGGACUCCAAAUAUCCACUGCUUUUGGGAUAAAUAGUUAGUCAGGAUCUUGACUUCUGUUGCUUGCUUCAACAGGGUCCAAGUGUUGCAGACUCAUUUGGGAGAAGGGAAAUGUAAGCUAAUGAACUAGACUGCCAUCACAAUUUUAAUCUUGUGUUGAUCUCAGCCAUAACGUCUUGGUUGUUAGUUAGUGAAACAAGGUUGGUUAACUCGUGAGACAAGCAUAUCUCAUUAGUUCAAGAUAUAGUCUGAAGGAAUGAUUUGCAUUCAUUCAACAUGCUUCACAUUCUGUCUCGGUGCUUUAAAUCUAAUGAAGUCACCAUUUUAAUGUUAGAAGUGCAGCCACUGAAUUAUGUUCAAUACGCUGCCAGAGACUGAAUCAUGAGAACCGUGAGACCUGUUUCCUGACACACAAGGGAAAGUUCUCUUGCCUCAGGGUGAGAGACCUUGCCUGUAAAGGUGUGUGAAGUUGCUGAGACUUGCCUGACUAGUGAACCAAGCCAGUAUAUGGCUCAGCAUUUGACGCUGAUAGCAUGUGGUGUGUGGUAUUGAAGUAUUGACCAGUGGAUCACCAUGUAAUAUCUACACACUUACUUAAAUGCAGCCUCUCACCGAACACUUGCAAGCGACAAAUAUAAGCACUCGAUUGUUAAUUUCUGUAACUUGUAUUUUAAAAAUUACCUGUUGAAGUUUACCCGAUUGAGAAGUCUACUAACGCAUCCAAUGUGUCUCAGUUUGCUGUUUGCGGAUUUGAUUCCAUUAUAUAAACCUGGGAUCCUUUUUACUUAUCAGGUUUUGUACAGAGUGGUGUGGGAACUGAAAUGAAGCAGAGCUGGACCAGUUACUUUUUCUAAUAAAAACUGGAAUUUAAACAAA